UAAAAAACCCCUUGUGCUAUCUGCAUAGGGGCACUAUUUGCAAUAAACUCAAAAAUAAACCUUAGAAGCCUCACAGAAGUUUUCACAUCUCACCAUUUGCAAUUUGCUCAAAAAGUUCUCUCUCUCUCUCUCUCUCUCUCUCUCCCAAACAUACUAGCAUUCUCAACAAAGCAAUGGUAGCAGAAGUGGUGGCAGAAGCUGCGCUGCGAGCAGCCAUCCAAGUUAUACUUCAAAAUCUGACCUCAGUUUCAGUGGAGCAAAUCAACCUCGUUCAAGAUUUCAAUGAAGAUUUGAAAAGGCUAAGAGGUUCCGUCUCAAUGAUUUGGAGUUUCUUGAACGAUGCGGAGAAGAAGCAAGUGAACGAUGAAUCUGUCAAACAAUGGUUGAAGAAGCUUGAAAGUGUAGCUUACGAUGCCGAUAAUGUCUUGGAUGAGCUCCACUAUCAUCAUAAGAAAAUCCAGACUCAACACAAAGUGGAGAAAAUGGUACGAGGCUUCUUCCCAUACUCGAUUCGUCAUCCAAACACGACACGUAGAAUCAAGGAUAUCAAUAAAAAGUUGGAAGAGAUUAAUCACGAGGCGAUCAACUAUGGCCUUCAAAAGGCUGUGGUAGGUGCAUAUGCUCCUAUUGAUGGAUUAGGCCCAUCUGCAAGCACAGAAACCGAUUCGUUUACUAUCGAUCCAAUUUUUCUUGCAAGAGAAAAAAAUGUGUUUGAAAUUGUGAAUAUGAUCACUGAUCUUCCAAAUGAUCAAGUAUUCUCCAUCCUUCCAAUUGUCGGUAUGGGUGGAUUGGGCAAAUCAAGCCUAGCUAAGAAAGUGUUUGAUCAUGAAACCGUAAAGAAUCAUUUUGCUAAGCGUUUCUGGGUGCAUGUCUCGGAAAAUUUCAAUGUCGUGAUUCUUCUAAAAAAGAUUCUUACAUCGUUAACAGAAACAAACGUCGAACUUGGAAAUAAACAAGCACUUUUGGAAAAGUUUCAAAAAGAUUUGGGAGCUGAAAGAUUUUUACUCGUUCUCGAUGAUGUUUGGAAUGAUAGUCAAGAAAGAUGGGAUGAAUUUAUUAUUCCCUUGACAAGGAUUAGUUCUGCUAGUGGAAAUGGCAUUAUUGUUACUACGCGAAGUGAAAUUGUUGCUUCAAUGGUGACAACUCUUCCUAUUCACAAACUAAAUACCUUGUCAGAAGAUGACUGUUGGUCCAUAAUCAAAGCAAAAGCGAUUGGGGAAGGUCAUAUCCCAUCAGAAUUUGAAACCAUUGGAGUAUCUAUUGCAAAACGAUGUCAAGGUUUGCCAAUGGCCGCUAAAGUGGUUGGAGGAUUGUUGCGUGGUAAGCCAAUUGAUGAGUGGCUCUCUAUCGAAAAGAAUUGGCUCUCCGAUUUAGGAGAUAGAAAUUCAAUUUCCAAGAUUCUAAAACUGAGUUUUGAUCAUUUAUUGUCACCAUCACUCAAAAAGUGUUUUGCAUAUUGUUCGAUAUAUCCAAAAGGAUAUGACUUGCAAAGAGAGCGCUUGGUUGAGUUGUGGAUGGCAGAAGGAUUUCUUGGAGGAAAUGAUGAUAUGGAGAAUGUGGGCAACAAAUUAUUUAAUCUUCUUUUAGAGAACUCGUUGCUACAAGUUGUAAAGGCAAAUUGCUAUGGCGAUAUAACAUAUUAUAACAUGCACGGUCUUGUACAUGAUCUAGCAUCCUCUAUUUUAAAUUCAAGCGACCAAGUUCGGUACAUUGGCCUGCAGUCUAUUGAUGGUGAAUCGUGUAUCCUGAAAGAACAAGCAAGUUGUGUUCGUUCGUUGAUGUUCAAUGAGAAAAUAUGCGCUCUCAUGUUCUCAGAAUUCAAAUCGCUCCAUGUUUUGAUUUUAAUGGGCCAUUGUGUUGAAGAAUUGCCAAGCUCGAUCAGAGAUCUCAUACAUUUGAGAUGUCUCGAUAUUUCAGGCAUAAAAUAUUUGAGAUGUUUGCCAGACUCUAUUGGUGAACUCUAUCACUUGCAGACAUUAAGAGCAUGUUAUGCUCUGGAGAAGCUGCCAAACACAAUGAAACACUUGAUCAGCUUGAGACAUCUCCACAUUCCUGCUUGGAUAGAAUUGCCUCCAGAGAUGGGAAGAUUAACUUCUCUAAGAACACUACCAUAUUUUGGAGUGGGCGAUGAAAAGGGUUGCGGAAUUGGUGAGCUCGGAACCUUGAAGAAUCUCCAGGGGGAACUGGAGAUUUAUAAUCUUGAUAAGGUGUACGACAAAGAAGAAGCUAAAAGAGCAGAAUUAUUACAAAAGUCAAACAUAGUCAAGUUAAAGCUUGCUUGGAGAGAAGUUGACAAUAGAGAAGGUGAAAAUGGCGAUGAGAGUGUGUUGGAGGGCCUCCAACCCCACCCAAAUUUAAAGAGUUUACAAAUUUAUGGAUUCGGAGGAAGAAGUUUGGCGUUGUGGUGUUCAAAUAUGGUGGGGCUUAAUAAUUUGAUGGAGAUAAGACUUGAAAACUGCACAAAAUGUGAGCAAGUUCCAACGCUAGGGCCCUUGCCACGCCUGAAGACCCUUCAUUUGAUUAACUUGGAGAAUGUGAAAUCCAUAGAUUCGUUAUUUUACGGAAUCGACAAUUGUAGGAGAUGCAAUAAUACAAUUACUGUAUUCCCGGCACUUGAAAGGCUAGAGUUGGUAGGAAUGUCGAAGUUGUCAGAGUGGUUAGAAGCAGAGUUGAUGCCAUAUGCAACUGAGAAUCAACAACUAUCUCAAUUACUAUUGGUGGUAUUUCCUUCCCUUAAAUACUUGGAGGUUAAUGGUUGCGGAGAAUUGAUGAGUGCUCCUAGUCAUUUUCCAUGCCUUCAAGAAUUGGGAAUAUCUCGAGUGCAUAGUGGAGUACCUUUGGCAAAUAUAUGUGGGGUCAACUUAACCUCACUUGCGAAACUCCGAAUUGUGUCAAUUGAUGGAUUGGUGUGUCUCCCAGAUUCGUUAUUCCAUAACAAUCAAAAACUAUCGUCGCUGAUGAUAUGGAGAUGUCCCAACUUAACGCAUCUAGUUCGGCGCUUCCAAAAUGGCGGUGCCUCUGCAAUGAGGGAGUUGGAGAUAUGGGAUUGUUCGAAAUUGACAGAAUUACCGGACAAUCUACACAGCCUCAUUGCUCUCGAGAGAUUGAGUAUACAUCGAUGCCCAAAUCUGGAGACAAUACCAUAUCCACAUGAAUCACGCAAUCAGCAAUUAUUAGGCUUCAGUUGCCUUCGCCAAUUGAGUGUCACUCAAUGCACAAGGCUAACCAAUUUGGCAAGCGAAAUGAUAGAGACGUGUGCGUCGUCCCUCGAGAAGUUGGAAUUGCGUGAGUUGACAAGUUUAACCAACGUGGGGAUGGUGAUUGGGUAUUGCUUGCAGAAAAUGCCUCGUCUCUCGAAAUUGGUCCUUGUUGAUGUUCCGAUGAAUACGAUGAUCACCACUGAUUCGGUUGGUGUUUCUCUUGGCUUAUGUAGCUUGAGAAAGCUAAGGAUCGGCACAUGCGACGAGUACUCACAUUCGUCAGAUGUAGUUGAUGCCAUCUUGAACGCAUCGUCCAAAUCUCUUCGUAUAUUAGACUUAGACGGGACAGAGCAUAGUCGGGAACUACCGGAUCAGCUUCAACAUCUCUCUGCUGUUUCUGAGCUAUGCUUAGAAAAUUUCGUUGAGAUAGAAGAAUUACCUGAUUGGGUGAUUGGGAAUAACAACAACAACUACAACAACUUGUCAUCGUCUCUGCAGAAGUUACGUAUAUCCAACUUUAAGAAGUUGUGUCGUUUGCCAUCUAAACAAGCCAUGCUACGCCUCACCAAAUUAACCGAUUUAAAAAUCGACAAAUGCCCGAUGCUAAAUCUAAACGAGAGACGAGGUGCAGAUGAUGAUUCUGAGUGGCCCAAAAUUUCCCAUAUCCCCAACGUUAUUGUGGACGACGAAGUAGUAAUUCCAACUAAUACACACUAAGAUGUAAGUAUACUUAUUUCUCUUUUAUAUUGGAUUAACCAGAUUAUAUUUGUCUAAUUUGUUUUUUUUUUUUAUUCUCUUGGAGUUUAUCAAUUAAUUAAUUACUACAUGAGAGAAACAUUGUACUUCAUUGUCAAAUAAUAUUUGAACUUUGCAUUCAUUUCGUGCCCUGCACAACUUAUUCUCUUGAUUUGUUCAGUUUUUCUGCCAGUUCAAAGUGGAUUUUUUGGUUUAUGCUAUCACUUAUGUAUGCAUUUUUCUUUUCAUUUUUAUGACUUAAUGAAAUAAAUAUUAUUUAAAAAUUUUGAAUUCCAAAUGCCAAUCAGAAUUUGAAUCUAUUUUUUGUAUGCCAAAUGCCAAAAAGUAGGGGUGGUUCCAUAAGCGAUCGAACCAUAACGAACUGAAAAUUUAGUAAUUACUGAGCCGAGCCGUGUAUAUCGGUUUGGUAAAUGGAAAUGAAAUUAUGGCAUAUCGAAUUUCGAUUUACCAAACUUUCGGUAGGAUUCGAUACAGAUUACCCAAAUAAAUAUCCAUAGCCAAAACAAAUUUAAUUUAUUAGAAGAAAUUGUAAUCUUUUUAUUUCGAAUUAAUGUUU